AUCUGAAAAGUAAAAGGCCACGAGUCUUUGAGGUUUUGACAACAAUAUGACAGUGACAGUCUACUGACGGUUUUGGACGGUGACAUUUGUAUUUUAAUUUGUUUUGUGAAUGUGUAACCCAUAGUGCGUAGGCAAUAUCGAGAAAUUAUAUAUUUAUUCUGUAAAAAAUCAUAUUAUUUAAGGAAAUACGGUUAUAAAAUGAAGUGGUAUUCAGGAGGAAUUGCUGAAGCAAUCACAUAUUCCAAGUCAAGAGGAUCUGUAUUUGUAGUUUAUAUCGAAGGUACCGAUGAAAUAUCGCAAAAAAUUACCGAACUUAUAGAUAACGGCGAACUUGGUCAUAAAUUGGAACAGGAUUGUUUUGUGGCUAUUAAAUUGCAAGGAGGAUCUAUAGAACAUCAACAAUUUAGCGAAAUUUAUAAGGGACCAACCAUUCCCUCAAUCUAUCUUAUUGGCAAAAAUGGAGUUCCUUUAGACAUCAUUACAGGAAAAGAUAAUUUAGAUAACAUAUGCCAAAAGAUCGAUAACACAUUAUCAAAAGCAGGAGUAAAUGUUCACCACAUUUCUGGCGUUUCAGGAUCAGUUUCAUCCGAUAAUUUUAUUAAAAACGAAUUGGCUGCGGCGGAUAAUCCAAAAGUUGUAUGUGAUACUGAGGUUUGUAAAAUUGUUGAUAACAAAAGUCCUGAAGAUGAUUCAGCUAAAACCAUAAACAGUGAAGUAUUACUAAAUAAAGAAAAAGAAAAUUCAAAUAACGAUGAAAUGCUAAAAGAAAAUAUAGAAGAAAAAGAAGAUGAAAGUCAACUAGUUAAACUAGUAGAGGAAAAGAAAGAAGAGGAAAAGAAAGAUGAAAUACCUGAUGAUUCUCUAGACUUAUCGGCUGAUGAGAAAGUACAGAGGGCUAAGGAAUUACUAGAGUUGAGAAGGCAACAAAAAGAGCAAGAAGAGAAAGAGAGCGAAAGACAGAAAGAACUGGAGCGUCGCAAAAUGGGCGCAAACGUCCAACAAUUAAAGAAAUGGCAAGAAGAUCAGGAAAUGAAGCAACUCAAAGAAGAAAGGGAACGUGAAAAACGCGAAAACCAACAAGCCAGAGAACGGGUUUUGGCGCAGAUAGCCCAAGAUCGCGCCGAAAGAUUAUCCAGGUCCCAAUCCAGUUCCCCACCUUCCGCUCCAGAAUCAUCGAAAUCGGCGCCUCAAUCCCAAUCUCCGCCGAAAGUGACCUCGAACACAACCCGCCUUCAAUUCAAAUUGCCCGACGGGUCAUCAAGCACGCACGAAUUUGAGAAUUCAGACACCUUGGACAUCGUCAUCUGUUAUAUUAAAUCGAACUUACCCUUACCGUUUAGCAAUUUUACAUUGUCUACUGUGUUUCCGCGAAGAGAAUUCACCAAAAACGAUUACUCGCAAACGCUGGUUGACUUGCAGCUUAGUCCUACCGCUGUGAUACUGAUAUUGCCCCAAAACAGCGGACCGGUCGCCAGUAAUCCAGGAGGCAGCUUAACUGCGUUGAUAUACAGCCUCCUGUCGCCCAUAUUUGGGUUGUUUGAUUAUCUGAAGAGUUUGGUGUUUGGAACUCCUUCUUCUAGCGGAAGACCCCAGAAGAGGCCGCCACCCGAUGAGCCCAUGGAAUCCCAGAGGUUUUCCAAUUCGAAGAGAAAGGUAACAGAUCCAAGUACCGUGGUGAGACGUCAAGGAAACAUUCACAGAUUGUCUGAUACGAACGAUAGCGAUGAUGAAAACAACACAUGGAACGGAAACUCCACACAACAGAUGUGAAUGUCUAACUUUAUAAGAUUUAAUAUCUAGAUACAUAUUUUAAACAAUUUUACUAUUUCAAAGAUUAUUACUUAUUACAUUAUUUUUAUUCGA